AUGUCUCUUUACACCGUCCUCACCGCAAGCUUGCUUGCGCAAUACGCAAGCGCCUACACCCAAGUCAACGUCCCCUCACCCUUUAUGCAAAAAAACAUCGACCCCAUCGUCUUCCCAGGCUCCUUCGACAAAUCCCAUCUCCACUCCUUCUACGGCUCCGACGCCGUAACCGCCACCACCAAAACAAGCGCCGAGCUCCAAAAAGGCUGCACAAGCGCAGAGGUCGCAGACGACCUAAGCGUCUACUGGGUACCCACCGUCCUCUACACCGCCGACAAUGGAAAAUCCUACCUCCCAGUCCCCGUCUCGCGCUUCAGCGCCUACUACAACCUCGGCGAGACCCCCGCCGAAAUCGCCAUUCCCCAAAACGUGCAAAUGGUCGCCGGCAAAGCCGAAGCAAAAGACAAAGCCAGCAUGGAUCCCAACGCGAAAUCAGAGUGGUUCUGCGAAGGCGACGACCCCGUUGCCAUGGAUGCAAACGGGUUCCCUAGUAAAUCCUGCUCGACCCACCUCCAACAGCUCCUGUACUUCCCGCAAUGCGUCAACCCCGAGACGCUGGCGACAGGCUACAAAGACCGCGCAAACGGCACACCAAACUGGUGCCCGAAAGGCAUGAAGUCGAUGCCCCAGCUGCGCUUCUCGAUCCGCUACGAUCUGCGCAAGGCGCUGCCCAACGGCUGGUCUGGCACUGCGCCCGUCAAGCUCGCGUGCGGCAAUGCGUUUUGCUCGCACGGUGACUUUAUCAAUGGGUGGACGCCCGAGGCCGCCGAGAGUAUGGUUGCCACGACUAAGGAGAAAUAUCAUUUUCUUCCAGUCAAGGGUAAGCUUGCUGCGACGGCGUGCAAGCCAAAGGAUGCGGAUCCUACCCGUGGUACGAGUGAUUAUGCGAAGAGCGUUGCGGCCAUGGCGAAGCGCAGUGUUGCUGCUUGGGGCUGGGAGACGAGGUCGAGACUUGCUCGUUUGGUCAACGGGGAGUGA